GCUUGGGACCGUGCAAAUACAUUUUUUGGCAUAUUUCUAAUGGAAUCUUUGGUAGAAAGUAAUGUAAGGCCCUUGACACACUUACGACUUAAGCCGAGACAUGGCUUAGUGGAAAAUGAUAGAAAUGUGGUUUAACCAUUAUUUCGAAUUUAAUUACACUGAGCCGACUCUCCGCUAAUCCUCAGUUCUGCUAAGGCCCUAAUUUAUCUCUACAAAAUAAUUGUGGAACUAAGUCAAAUAAGAUGAGGCCCAGCAUAAAAAUUGUAUAUCAAUGUAGCACCACAGCCCGAAGUAGCCCUACUUUCCCCUAAAUAUAUUUUUUUCGGUAACAAUUCAAACAUCAAAUAUCAAUUAUUUAUACACAGAAGUGAACUAUCGAAAAUGGAUCAAUUUUUGUUUGAUGUAUAAAGGCAAUAAUUGCGAAUGGAUUUAGUAAAGGGUAAAAAUUUAAUUUCUCAAAGAUUAAAAUUUAAAAUGUUACGAGUGUCAGAAAAUGUGUAAUCUCUCUCAGAUUCCCUGACGUUAAAAUCCAUAAAUCCAUAUUGUAUCAUAAAUUAUUAAGCAAGAUCGUUUUUCAUUAAUUAUCUAGAGGAAAGUGGAGCGCUUUUGAAUUUGUGGCAGCUUAGAAUUUGGGAUUUUUCUCAUAUUUUUAAAUAAAAUUCAACCUGAUCAUGAUAUAAUUUAGGUCUACAAAGAGAUUGAGAAGCUAAAUUACAUUAAGAUAUGGCUCAAUUCCACCGAACAAAAUUCCCAAUUUCAAAGCUACCCCAACUUCAAAGGUGCUCCACUUCCUUUUAUCAAGAUUUUUAUUCGUUUUUACAGUUUUACCCAAUUUUGCCCAAUAUAUUCGAUUUGCUACUGUUUCUAUUGCCUUUACAGAAUGGACGAGGUGAUCAGCACGCAGAAUGACCUCUUACGAACGUGUCUUCGUCAACAAAUUGAAGAACUAAGCAUGUUAGAAUCUAUUUUCUGCAAUCCUGGAGAAUUUCAUAUCGAUGAUCAUAGCAUUGCGGCAGAUAUCAAUGAAUUUCUCGAGGGAAAGCACACUAUUAUCAACAGAAAACUUGAUUUUCGGAUAUGCUUGCCAUUGACUGAUGGAAAAAUGUUCCUCAGCAUCGAAUUGCCACAGUUUUAUCCAUCCGUCGAGAUCCCACGUGUACAAAUUGAUUCGACAAAACUCACCAAAAAACAAGAAAUUUCAAUUGGCAGUGCAAUUGAGGAAUACAUCAAUAAUCUAGAUAAGAGUGAACCGUAUAUUUAUCAAAUUGUAUCAUGGCUGCAGGACAAUAUUGAGGAUUUACGCGCAACGGUACCGUGUGAGAUAUCUAGUCAAGAAAUGCCCAAGAGUGUAUUCGAGAGAUUAUGGAUCUAUUCUCAUCACAUUAAGAGCAAGACAAAACGACGUGAUAUCGUGAAAAAUGCCAAUGAUCUCGCUCUUACGGGAUUUUCUUUGCCGGGCAAACCAGGAAUUAUAUGCGUAGAGGGUGAGAGGGAUAACACUCAGGAAUUCUGGCAACUUCUGCGUCAGAUGCAUUGGCAAAAAAUCACACUGAAAAAGUGUGAGUCUAUUGAGGUUUCAGGGAGGCAUUUUACAGAUUUUAGGGAAAUGCUCUUUGCCGAUGUGGGCAAUGAUGAAGAAGUUGUUCUCAAUAUGAGCAAUUUCAUAAAGUUCCUUGAACUUCAUAAUUGUGGAUAUAUCAAAAAGGAAUUAUUUGGUUUUGAAUGAUUUUAUCUUUUUACCAUUUAUAUAUUUUAUUAAAUUUUAUCUUUUAAAAAACAAU